UUGACACAAUUUCCUCUACUGGUUGGGAAUAUUUAAACAAUAAACUGUACGUCUUUGCACCAGCGUCUUCGAAGCGUCACAAUCUCUUUUUUGGGCGUCUUUCGGCAUGGUCGGGCUUGAGAACUUCGAGCUAGCUGGCAUCAAAAGCUACACCCGGUUCUGGGGUCUCCUGAUGUUUGGUUCAUACUCCGUGAUCAACGUGAUUGUCCUAUUGAACCUGCUCAUCGCUAUGAUGUCUAACUCUUAUGCUAUGAUCGAUGAGCACUCGGAUGUUGAAUGGAAAUUUGCCAGGACCCGCCUUUGGAUGAGCUAUUUCGAGGAGAGUGCUACUCUACCACCACCAUUUAAUAUCAUGCCAACUCCGAAACUCUUCCUAAAGGUGCUUGGACUCCGAAAGAAGGAUAAAUUAAGAAAGAUGAAAUUAAAGGAACAAAAAGAAAAAGAACACGAUGUCCGUUACACGGCAGUGAUGCGUGCGCUUGUCUGGCGAUACGUCUCCGCCAUGCACAGAAAGAUGGAUGAUGAGCCAGUGACAGAAGACGAUAUCAACGAGCUGAAGGGAGACGUGUCAGCGUUGCGAUAUGAACUCCUCGAAGUGUUCGAUAGGAACGGAAUGGAUGUAUCCUUCACUGACAAAAAAGAAAAGACUGUUCUCGGCAGCAAGCAAAAAGUUUGGGAGCGACGUCUGAUGAAAGACUUCCAAAUUGCCGUGGCGGGAGUCGAAGAGGAGAAGCCUGCAAACGAAGACGGACUCUCUAGGUUCCGCAGGAUUGCCAAGAUGGCGAUCGCAAAUACUACCAACGCUAAAUGGGACCAGACCCUGGCGGGAACGGGUAUUUCAUCUCAAAUCGGACGUUGUCGCAGUCGGGAAUCCUUCAAGAAUCAACAGAAUCUACAGCGCGCUAUGGAAGAGGCCAGAAAACUUGUCUUACGGUCUCCCCUACCAGGUUCUCGGGCCGGUACUCCUAUAGAAAUGCCAGUGACUCCCGGACACACCCUGCUGGAGCUGAUAAAAGAUAUCUCGACUGAAGUAGGAGAGCCAGUCGACAUUAAUUCUCCUGCCACUAAAUCCCCUAUGAAACCUUCAGGAGAAGGUGCAGCUGGACUCCUACUGUCUGCUGGUGGAGCAAGUCGACCUAUCACUCCCAAGCCACGUACUCCAAGUCCUGUGCCUCCCAAGCCACUGGCGAAAGCGGCCUCGCCUGAUCCAUCAUCACGGGGACCUAGCCCAGUGCCUAAAGUAGUCAGUCCGGUACCCGAGUCAUCAAGUCCUGUGCCAAAAUUGAGCAGCCCCACUCCUGAGGGAGCGACUUCUCCACAACCUGAACCAAGUCCACUGAAGGCAAAACGUGUUACCGGCGAAUCACCUCCGAAGGUUAUCAAAAGGAAAACACCAGGACCCCCGUCACAAGGUGACCACCAGCAGGCGUCAGAAACAACUGUAGAUGACGGUAAGACGCCAGAGGAUAUAGCCGUCGCGAGACCAGUAGCCCCGGAGAUCAAGCCUACUGAAGGUGCCAUACCGCCUCCUCCACCGCCGCCAAGCAAACCAAAGGCGCCGUUAGCUCCAAGCAUGGAAGUGACACCAUGUACUCCUCCAACACACGCCCCAGCUCCAGUGACUGAUUCCAAACCUCCUUCUCCACCGAAAGCUGUUACUCCAAAGCGAGCCACUUCCCCACAGCCAUCGACUUCCACAUCCACGCGACCACCGACCCCGCCUUCGCCACCGAAUCGCCUAACAUCAACAUCAAGCACCGAGCAACUCAUACCACCAGCAUCGCCAGAGCCGCUUCGUCCGGUCAAGAAGAUUGAAGAAGUCAAAACCAUUAAGCGUCAACCGAAAACUGGAUGGCUAUAAUUAUUAAACAUACUGCAAUUGGUACCACAGUAAAAUCGUUACAGAGUCUUUAUAAGACUUUUUUGUUUCAAUUUUAUUGUCCAUUGUUAUGGACUUCUUGUGUUCUUUUUUACCAAUUACCAAAAUACCAAAUUUAAGCCAAUACUCGUCCUUUAUACAACCUAUUUUCGAAAAACUCAACACAAAGCAGGUUGGUAGAUAAAAAAACCUUUAUUCACGAAUAAAAAUUGAAAUGCAUCAAUAACAUCGGAAUGAUCGGAUUGACAGAUGCGAGCCGAGUGGUAGUGUCAGAGCGUCAAAUUCGCGACUAGUGUGAAUGUCUGAUAGACCGCCGAUGUCGCUCUAUUACACCCGACAUUCGAUAUCCUAUUGAUCAAUGACAAUUUUUAUGUCGUAAGGUUUCGGAUCACGUCUACUUAAAAUGUCGUUGCCGGUUUUCAGGCAAGGACAAUCUUGAUUUGAUUUAAAUUUGAAUCAGACUUUUUGUUUCACAUUUAUUAGAUUUCUUUUCGAUCCGAAAGACAUUUAAGAAAAAGCGUUUCUUCUGCCAUAAAGCCUUUUAUUUAC